AUGUGCCGCCGCGUGGGCACCGCGCGUGACCGAUGCUUGGAGCUGGAGCGCGUCAUCGCCGGCCGCGCCGGCUCGGGAAGCCUCCGCCUCGACAACGCGCUCAAGUUGUUCGAUGAAUUGCUUCCCUACGCCAGGGCCGCCUCGGUUACCGCCUUCAACCAGCUCCUCACCGCUGUGUCCCGUGCCUCGGGCCAGCGCUCCUCCACCUCAGAGUCGGGGAUCAUCGUCUCCCUCUUCAACCGGAUGGUACGUGACUGCUCCAUCGAGGUGGCUCCUGACCUUUACACCUACAACAUCCUCAUUGGCUGCUUCUGUCGCAUGGGCCGCCUGGAGAAUGGCUUCGCCACCUUCGGCCUCAUCCUGAAGACGGGCUGGAGGGUGAAUGGCAUAGUCAUCAAUCAACUGCUCAAGGGCCUCUGUGACGACAAGAGGGUGGGUGAGGCCAUGGACCUAUUGCUUCGAAGAAUGCCAGAGUUUGGGCUCACAUCGGAUGUAGUUUCAUACAACACACUCCUCAAGGGUUUCUGCAAUGAAAAAAGAGCUGAUGAGGCACUUGAGCUGCUCCACGUGAUGCCUGAUGGUCAAGGUGUUUCACCGGACGUUGUGACAUACAACACAGUAAUUGAUGGCAUGUGCAAAGCUGAAGCAGUUGACAGGGCUGAGGGUAUCUUCCAACAGAUGAUUGAUAAAGGUGUUAAGCCAGACAAUGUGGCAUACACUUGUUUGAUCCAUGGAUACCUCUCUAUAGGACAGUGGGAAGAGGCGGUUCCAAGGAAGGGCAUAAAACCUGAUAUAACUAUCUAUGGCAUUAUGCUUCAUGAAUAUGGUACCAAAGGAGCUCUUUCUGAAAUGCAUGGUCUCCUGAAUUUGAUGGCAGCUAAUGGUAUUUCACCUAAUCAUCACAUCUUCAACACUGUGUUCUGUGCAUAUGCUAAAGAGGGAAUGAUAGAUGAGGCGAUGCAUAUAUUUAUCAAAAUGAGGCACCAAGGAUUGAGUCCUAAUAACAUCAGUUAUGGAGCAUUAAUAGAUGCACUUUGCAAGUUAGGAAGAGUGGAUGAUGCUGUGCUCCAAUUCAAUCAGAUGAUCAAUGAAGGAGUGACUCCUGGCAAUGCUGUUUUUAGCUCCCUUGUUUAUGGACUCUGCUUUGUUGACAAAUGGGAGAAGGUUGAGGAAUUGCUUUUUGAAAUGUUGAAUCAAGGGAUUCGCCAUAACAUCGUGUUCUUCAACACAAUAUUGUGUAACUUAUGCAGAGAAGGGUGGGUCAUGGAAGCCCGGAGGCUCUUUGACUCGAUGAGCCUGUGUUCUAAGGAUCUUCAACUUGACAUUAUUACUUUCAACAUCAUGAUUGAUGCUUUGUUCAAAGUUGGCAGAAAGGAAGAUGCCAUGGAUUUGUUUGCUGCUAUCCCUGCUAAUGGUCUGGUUCCAAGUGUUGUGACCUACUGCUUAAUAGCAGAAACUCUCAUAGAAGAAGGGUCCCUAGAGGAGUUUGAUGGUGACACACGCAGGGCUGGGGCUUACCUCUCCAAACUUGAUGAGAAGAACUUCUCACUUGAGGCUUCCACUACUUCCAUGCUUAUAUCACUUUUCUCGAGGAAGGAAUAUCAGCAUGAUGCAAAGUCCCUGCCUGAAAAGUAUCGUUUCCUCAAUGAAGCCAACAAAUGA